AUGGUGGUAGCAAUAAGACUUUUCAAUAGUCACUUUUGUGUUUACACUGUCUACUUUAUUCUUCAGAAAACCUUCUUGGCCUUCCUUUUCAUUCUUGUCACCUGUGUGACAAUAUCUGAUGCAUUUUGCCUCUUUGAACCACUGACGGCAGGGAAGCCUGGUGAAGAAAUUCUAGGCUGCAUCGACUCCAAGGGAACACUGCAUCAAUUUGGCUCCCAUUGGAGGGCUGAGAACUGCCUGGACUGCUCCUGUGGCAAGGAUGGCACGAGUUGCUGUAGCAGCUACGCAACACCAGUUGAUUUUGAUGAAGAGAAAUGCGAGAGUAUUUUCGACAAGCAGACCUGCAGUUACAAAGUAGUUGAGAAAGCUGAUCACAAAAAAGAAUGCCCAGUGUUUACAUGGGUGGGCUAA